AGCAUAAAGCAAAAGCUAAAGCGUUGGAAGGACAGCAGAUAAGCAGAACUAAAUCAAGAGGGAGGGAAGGAAACUGUAAGAAAAGUUACAAGUGAUCGCCUAAACCCUAAUCGUCAGAGAGAGAGAGAGAGAGAGAGGAGAGAGAAUGCGGCGGCGCAAGUCCUUCUUUUUCUUAACGUCGUUUCUCCUCCUCCUCCCGCCUUCCUUCUCUGCGGCGACGGCCUCAUCUCUCGAUUCCGACGUCAGAGCUCUCCUCGCAUUCCGCUUUGCCUCUGAUCCCGCCGGCCACCUCUCCUCCUGGAAUCUUUCCUCCUCCGCCGCCGACCCCUGUUCUUCCUGGCUUGGUCUCUCCUGCUCCUCUGGCCGCAUCACUCGCUUAGUUCUCGAGAACCUAUCCCUCGCCGCCACCUCUCAUUCUUUCUUCCCGUCCAUCCUCCUCCUCGACCAGCUCCGCGUCCUCAGCCUCAAAUCAAACUCUUUCUCUGGCCCCAUUCCCCCAGACAUAUCCACCCUCAGAGCUCUCAAGCUUCUUUUCCUUUCUCACAACUCCUUCUCCGGCCCAAUUCCCCCCUCUUUUUCCUCCCUCCACCGCCUCAACCGUCUCGACCUCUCCUUCAACAAUCUCUCCGGCCCUAUUCCGAACCUCCCUCCUCCACGGGAACAGAGGGCCAGGGAGGACGCCGUUAGACUGGGCGGCUAG